UCAUUUAAGAAGCCAGAAAAGAUGGAGAAGUACGAGAAGAUUAAAGUGGUCGGCAGAGGAGCUUUCGGGAUAGUGCAUCUUUGUCGGAGACGCACUGAUGGUGCGCUGGUGAUCUUGAAGGAAAUCCCAGUAGAGCAGAUGACGCGUGAUGAACGUCUUGCAGCUCAGAAUGAAUGCCAAGUCCUCAAGUUACUGAACCACCCCAACAUAAUUGAGUAUUAUGAAAACUUCCUAGAGGACAAGGCACUCAUGAUUGCAAUGGAAUAUGCACCAGGUGGAACCCUGGCAGAUUACAUACAAAAACGCUGCAACUCUCUAUUAGAUGAGGAUACCAUAUUACACUUCUUCGUACAGAUCUUACUGGCCCUUUAUCAUGUUCACAAUAAACUCAUCUUACAUCGGGACCUCAAAACCCAGAACAUUCUCCUUGACAAGCACCAGAUGAUAGUAAAAAUAGGUGACUUUGGAAUCUCAAAAAUUCUUGUCAGCAAGAGCAAAGCUUACACCGUUGUGGGGACACCAUGUUAUAUCUCCCCAGAACUGUGUGAAGGAAAGCCAUACAACCAGAAGAGCGAUAUUUGGGCCCUAGGCUGUGUACUUUACGAGCUUGCUAGUCUCAAGAGAGCUUUUGAAGCUGCAAACCUGCCAGCCUUGGUGCUGAAGAUAAUGAGUGGCACCUUUGCCCCCAUCUCAGAUCGUUACAGCCCAGAGUUGAGGCAGCUAAUUCUUAACAUGCUGAAUCUGGAUCCGUCCAAACGACCCCAACUCAAUGAGAUAAUGGCCCAUCCCAUCUGCAUCAGACCACUGCUCAAUCUCUACACUGACAUAGGCAACGUCAAAAUGCGCAGAAUUGAAAAGCCACUAUCUAAUUUACAGACAGGCCCUCAUGGGAGACCUGGUGGACGGGUAACCAGUACCAGAAACAGGGGUGGGCUGUCCAGUCUAACUUCAACAAAGAUGAUGCACCCAUUGCCUUUAUCUUCUGUUUACACCUGGGGCAGUGGUUUUUCCACUCCUCUGCGUCUACCCAUGUUAAACACAGCGGUUAUCCAGGUGUCCCUGGGCCGCACCCAGAGGAUGGGUGUCACCAAAUCUGGGAGGCUCAUAACUUGGGAGGCCCCUUCGGUUGGAUCUGGUGAGCCCACGUUGCCUGGUUCUGUUGAGCAGAUGCAGCCCCAGUUCAUCUCACGCUUCCUUGAGGGACAGUCUGGUGUCACGAUAAAAUCUGUCUCAUGUGGUGACCUCUUUACCACCUGCUUGACAGAUAGGGGUAUAAUCAUGACGUUUGGAAGCGGAAGCAAUGGUUGCCUAGGACAUGGCAAUUUCAAUGAUGUGACACAGCCCAAGAUAGUGGAGGCUCUCCUGGGUUAUGAGUUAGUGCAAGUGUCUUGUGGAGCAUCUCAUGUACUGGCAGUCACCAAUGAGCGAGAGGUCUUCUCCUGGGGGAGAGGAGACAGUGGUCGGCUAGGUUUAAGCACUCAAGACAGCCAUAAUUCCCCACAGCAGGUGAGUUUGCCGGAUGAUUUUGAAGCCCAGCGAGUGCUGUGUGGGGUGGACUGCUCCAUGAUCACAAGCAUACAGCACCAGAUUCUGGCCUGUGGGAACAACAGAUUUAAUAAACUGGGCUUGGACAAGGUCUCUGGCACAGAGGAACCCCUGUCCCACUGUCAGGUGGAGGAGACCCACAUGUUCCAGCCCGUCCAGUCAGCUCCUCUCAAUGUUGAGAAGAUUGUUUAUAUAGACAUCGGAACAGCACACUCUGUUGCAGUCACAGAGAAAGGUCAGUGUUUCACCUUUGGCAGUAACCAGCAUGGGCAGCUGGGAUGCAGUUCCCGCAGAACCAGUCGAGUGCCCUAUCAAGUCCCAGGACUGCAGGGGAUCACCAUGGCCGCAUGUGGGGAUGCGUUCACGCUGGCAAUUGGAGCAGAGGGGGAGGUGUACACCUGGGGUAAAGGGGCACGCGGUCGACUUGGAAGGAAAGAAGAGGACUCUGGGAUACCAAAAGCAGUGCAACUCGACGAGAGCCACCCGUUCACUGUCACAUCGGUGGCCUGUUGCCAUGGAAACACACUGUUGGCUGUGAAACCAUUUUUUGAUGAGCCUCUUCCAAAGUGAUAUCGCUGCUCCAAGUUACUCAACAAACUCAAGAGAAGAAGCAUCAAGUGUGAAUGUAUCCUGAUGUGGGCUAUUUGAGAAUUUGCAAAUGUUUGUAUAUGAACGUGAUCAGAGCUGCAUUCUUUGAUUCAUAAAGACAUUUUUGGCUGUACCGAAUGUACAUAAAUUCAAGUGAGCAAUAUCUUUCAGAGUGUGCUCUGUUGUACUCUUUUGUGUAAAGACAAAUAUAGACUAAAUUUGGUUAAAAAAUAAGAUCUUUAUAUAGCUUUGUAAAUGAAAUUGGAGUAUUUAGUGAUGUGAUCUAAUGAAAACUGGAGGGUUUUCAUUAGAUUACAUCACUUCUCUGGGCAUGCACACAAAUGCACAGUCACAUUAAUAUUAUAACAGCUUUUUGUGCAUUUAUGUGGACAAACAUUAAAUCUUUAAAAAAAAAUACUUGAAUACUGGAACAUUAAAGAUAUCACUUAAACAAUUUAAAGCAUGUUAUUAUUAUCAUUAUCAUCAUUAUCCAGAAUGAAAUAAAUGAUAUAUAAGUCGUGUUUUAAUCUCAGAUGAAUGCAAUCAACAUGCAUGAUUCACACAAAGCUCUUGGGUCCAUCAGGCUAUGAUGUAAUUCAUGGGCAAUACGUGAUGAUGUCAUUGUCUAGUGACUUUGCUGUGCACACCAUAUUUAAGAACGGUGAAAGUUCCUUAUGCUUUAUAAAAACGAACUAUUAAAUUACACUAAUUAGGCUAAAUUGUUUUUGUUGUUGUUUGCUCUGAAGUAACGUCUGCGCCUGCACGCGUCUCUUGUGUUGCUCGCCGAUAGAGGGAGUUAUUUCCCUAACAAAAAACUUUUCCUAACCUUUUGUUUCCAAUAAUCCAGUUAACGUCUUUGUAUGCACCGAACUCGAGAUUAAAGAAUAAAUAAUAAUAUUUAGCAGCACCAACUGUAAUUUUUCACGGGAAUGAAAAUGAGUCUGACUUACAGUCUCUUCAAUGGCAUGCACCAGCUGUAGAAAGGUGCAAUAUCGCAUCAAAUUUUCACAACCAUAUUUUCAUUAGUUUUUUUUUUUUCUGCAAUUUUUUUUGGGAAAUACCUUGCCAUCAACUGUACAUCCCGUCAAAAAUAAUCAAUAAUAUUAAUAUAUAAUACAUAUGAUGCUAAUCUAAAUAAUGUCCAUAGUCUGUUGUAAAGUUUUUCUUCUUUGUGCACUAUUUACAUAUUUAAUUAUUAAAACAGCAAGAAAACACAAACCGAAAAUCCACAAUUAAUCUACAUAUGCAGCUGCAUUGUUAUUAUAAUUUAUAGGAAUGUAACUUUUAUACAAUUCCAGUCUAAUAGGCUAUUCACAACAGUGUUAUUACAGUUUGGGAUUUUUUAUUUAAUUUGUAUUUCUAUUAAAUAUUCAAUUUGUCAUUCCAAAUGAGUUUCGUUUUUUCAGUUUCAGUUUAGUUCGUUUUUAUUUUAGUUUUAGUAUUUUUAUGGCUGCCAAAGCAGAAUAAUUUACUGGUAUCAUCUAAAAUGUCUAUGUAAAUGUUGUGUUCUUUGUGUUUUUUGGAGCUUCAAAGAUUUGGACCAUGUUGACUUGUGUUGUAUGUACCCACAGAACUGAGAUUGUCUUCUAAUAUCUUUGUUUUCACCAGAAGAGAGAAAGUCAUACACAUUUGGAAUGGCAUGAGGGUCAGUAAAUGAUGUAGGAUAUUCAUUUUUUGGGUAAACUAACUUUUUAACUUUUUGAGGUUUUAAAUUGAGUGGGAAAAGCAAUGGUAAAGAAAAUGACAAAACAUUUUGAGGUGUAAUACUUGUAAAUGUUACAUUAUGAUUUAUGAUGUAAAAGUGCAUAAGAAAGUAU